GUGGAUGUCUCCUGCAGAGAUACCAUUGCAGGCCACCGCAGCAUGGCCCAAUACCACUGGGUGGAGCCAGGCACUCCCUCUGCCCCUGCUCUGAUGCCUUUCCCCACAGUGCUCAGGAGAUGCGGGGGUGCUCAGACUAGGAGGGGGCUGGACCCCCUUAACUAGCUGACAGUUAUCAGAUGGCCACACCAUCCAGCCAUCGUGCAAUGCUUAGGGGCCUGGUCACUCCCACUGCUCUUCACCAACCCACAGGGACAGUGUUCGCAGUACAGUAGAUGUGCGUGAAUGCAGCUUCCAGGGUGUGCUUGGCCCUUUGGAAAGUGAUAUGGGUGAUAUUGUCCAACAUAAUAAACAAUGCUCAUGGGACUAGUUACGGCAUUCCACGGUGGGGUGUUGGGUACUCCAGGUGCCUGGUUACUUUGGGGAUGACCAUGGAGGUAAUCUGCAAGGGCAUGGAGGAGCCUGACUCCAGACAGGCCUUAGGCAUGUGCUCCCAACCCCAAGAACUCAAAAGGCUUUUUUGACCAUGAGCACACAAGGCAUGCCCAGGGCAGAAGCCGGCUCUGGGAUGCUGCCUGUGCUUGUUCUGAAGGCUUUAUCUUGAUUCCUCACCAUGAAGACCAAAUCAUCCCCAUUUUACAGGGAGAAAUCUGACACCCAGGGUCACCUACACGAGAGGCUGGGUAGGAAGGACAGGCCUGAAGCUACACAUGUUGGAAGAGAAAGGUCUUCCCAGGCCAGGGCCAAAUGUAGGUGGGGACUGCUCUCUGCCAGGACAGCCAGCUGGACAGGAAGAGGAUGCACACUGGGCAAGGUCCUCUUGGCACUCCCCACAAGGUCAGGGUCCACUUGGGACUGGCCAGAGAGCAAGGCGGCAGGUGCAUUGUGUGUGUGGUGCCCACGUGUGCACUCUGGGCCCCUUGCCAUGCAACAGUGAAGAGGCACCGGCCGGCUCCACCUCCCAUAAGUCUGUGCUGGGCCCAGUGGAGCCCAUUCUCCCCCAGCUCCUCCCAGUGCUCCUCCCAAGGGCUUCCCAGACUCAGGCUGAGAAGAGGCCCAGGGUGCCUACAGCUGUUCCAGUCCAUUUGGUUAUGACCUUUCCUCCCUCAUUUGCAUGAAUCUGUCCCCAAAGGGGGUACCUACAUAUCAGUCAAGGUGAGAGUACCUGGGCCAGGAGUUAGCUGAGUGGGCAUAGUAGGAAUAGGGUUCCCACAGCUUGCAGGGAUCAGAUCCCCAACAGAGGGAAUGGCCAGAUCCUCAAGGGGUCCGUCCUGCUCCUGGACAGCCUCCACCCCAAGACCCAUUUCACACCCCAGUGGUAUGGCAGAGGCCUGGCUAUCUCCCAGCUGAUCUGUAGGCCUGGCAAGGCCAUCUCUGCAGCCUCCUAACUACUGACGGUGCUGCUUGAAUUGGAAGCCAGGACUCCCAGAGCUAGAGAGAACCCCCCAGGAUAUGGCACCUCUUGCCUCUCUCCCAGUCACUUGAGACCCCAGGGCCCUAGACACCUCCUCUCUUCUAGUCUGGCAGGUUGCUCCAGGAAUGGUGGUGAUGAGGGUCUUGGUAUAAGCAGGAUACAGGCCUCAGCUGCCUGCCAGGUCACCGUUGGCCAGAGAGCCCAGUGGUGAUGUCACGGUGAGUUCAGGAGCACAAACCUUCAAGGCCUGGAUCACGACAUUCCUGGGGGCCCUGGAGGAUUGGCAGGUGGGCGUGGUGCUGGUUUUGCUAAACAAAUCUUUUACCUCCCCCUGGGCUUUACAUCUGGGGCUCCUGUCUGGCACACCCAUUUGUCCUUGCUGGAAGUAACUGCCUACCAUGCCAGGCCUGGCUGUGCUAGGCCUCCUCCUGGCAGCUCUCCUGGGCCUUGGGACAGGGACCUCCUUGUGCCUGUCACGGCAACUCAGGAUGCAAGGAGACUACAUGCUGGGUGGGCUUUUCCCCCUGGGCUCAGCUGAGGAGGCCGGCCUCCGCCACAGGACACGGCCCAGUGGCAUUGUGUGCACCAGGUUCUCAUCCCAUGGCCUGUUCCUGGUGAUGGCCGUGAAGAUGGCUGUGGAGGAGAUCAACAACAGUUCUACCCUGCUGCCCGGGCUGCACCUGGGCUAUGACCUCUUCGACACAUGCUCAGAGCCCAUGGCCACUAUGAAGCCCAGCCUCAUGUUCCUGGCGGAGGCAGGCAAUAGCAGCAUUGCUGCCUACUGCAACUACACGCAGUACCAGCCCCGCGUGCUGGCAGUCAUCGGGCCCCAUUCGUCAGAGCUGGCCCUCAUCACGGGCAAGUUCUUCAGCUUCUUCCUCAUGCCACAGGUGGGCCUGCUGCUCCUGUGUCCCCCAUGGGCCCUGCCUGAGGGAGCCCUCACGCCAAGGGUCUCUCGGUCACCACAGGUCAGUUACGGGGCCACCAUGGACCGACUGAGCAACCGAGACACAUUCCCGUCCUUCUUCCGCACGGUGCCCAGUGACCGGGUGCAGCUGGAGGCCGUAGUCAAGCUGCUGCAGAAAUUUGAGUGGAACUGGGUGGCUGCCUUGGGCAGUGACGAUGAGUAUGGCCGGGAGGGCCUGAGCAUCUUCUCAGGCUUGGCCAACGCCCAGAACAUCUGCAUUGCACAUGAGGGCCUGGUGCCACCCCUUGGCGCUGAUACCCUGCAGCUGGGUAAGGUGCUGGACGUGCUGCAUCAGGUGAACCAGAGCAAUGUGCAGGUGGUGGUGCUGUUUGCUUCCUCCCAGGCUGCCCACGCCCUUUUGCGCUACAGUAUCUACCACAGCCUCUCGCCAAAGGUGUGGGUGGCCAGUGAGGCCUGGCUGACCUCAGACUUGGUCAUGACACUGCCUGGCAUUGCCCAGGUGGGCACUGUGCUUGGCUUUCUGCAGCGGGGUGUCCAGCUGCCCGAAUUCUCCCAGUAUGUGGAGAUGCACCUAGCCUUGGCCUCUGACCCAGCCUUCUGUGCCUCUCUGGAUGAUAAACCAGACCUGGAGGAGCACGUGGUAGGGCCACGCUGCCCCCAGUGUGACCACAUUACCCUGCGGAACCUGUCGACAGGGCUGCUGCAGAACCUGUCAGCUGGGCAGCUGCACCACCAGAUUUUCGCCACCUAUGCAGCCGUGUACAGUGUGGCUCAGGCCCUCCACAACACGCUGCAGUGCAGCCCCACGAGCUGCCCUGCACGGGAGCCUGUGCGACCUUGGCAGCUCCUGGAGAACAUGUACAACAUGAGCUUCCGUGCUCGAGGCCUGGCACUGCAGUUCGACUCCAAGGGGAACGUGGACAUGGAGUAUGACCUGAAGAUGUGGGUGUGGCAGAAGCCGACACCCAGGCUGCACACUGUGGGCACCUUCAAUGGGAGCCUUUGGCUCCAGCCCUCACAGAUGCACUGGCACAUGCCAGGCAACCAGGUGCCUGCGUCCCGGUGCUCUCGGCAGUGUGAAGAGGGCCAAGUCCGCCGCGUGAAGGGCUUCCACUCCUGCUGCUACGACUGCGUGGACUGCAAGGCAGGCAACUACCGGCAGAGCCUAGAUGACUUCGUCUGCACCCCAUGUGGCCAGGACCAGUGGUCCCCAGAGCGGAGUACGCGCUGUUUUCCCCGCAGGCCCAGAUUCCUGGCAUGGGGGGAGCCAACUGUGCUCCUGCUGCUCCUGCUGCUCAGCCUGGUGCUGGGCCUGACACUGGCUGCUCUAGGUCUCUUUGUCUGCCACUGGGACAGCCCACUGGUUCAGGCCUCAGGUGGGCCACGGGCCUGUUUUGGCCUGGCUUGCCUGGGACUCGUCUGCCUCAGUGUCCUCCUGUUUCCAGGCCGGCCAGGCCCAGCCAGCUGCCUUGCCCAGCAGCCACUGGCACACCUCCCACUCACUGGCUGCCUGAGCACACUCUUCCUAAAGGCAGCAGAGACCUUUGUGGAGUCAGAACUGCCACCAAAUUGGGCGACCUGGCUGCAUGGCUGCCUGCGGGGUCCCUGGGCCUGGCUGGUGGUGCUUCUGGCCAUACUGACGGAAGCAGUGCUGUGUGCCUGGUACCUGGUGGCUUUCACACCAGAGGUGAUGACAGACUGGAGGGUGCUGCCCACCGAGGCACUGGUGCACUGCCACAUGCGCUCCUGGGUCAGCCUGGGCCUGGUGCACAUCACCAACGCCUCGCUGGCCUUCCUCUGCUUUCUGGGCACCUUCCUGGUGCAGAGUCAGCCUGGCCGCUACAACCACGCCCGCGGCCUCACCUUUGCCAUGCUAGCCUACUUCAUCACCUGGGUCUCCUUUGUGCCCCUCCUGACCAAUGUGCAGGUGGUCUACCAGCCUGCUGUGCAGAUGGGUGCCAUCCUCCUCUGUGCCCUGGGCAUCCUAGCUGCCUUCCACCUACCAAAAUGCUACCUGCUCCUGUGGUGGCCCAGGCUCAACACUCCUGAGUUCUUCCUGGGGGCAGGUCCUGGGGAUGCCAGGGACAGGGGCAGGAGUGGGAGUAGGGAGGGGCCUCAGGGAAACGAGGGACCCUUAACCCCACACCCUCAUACCUAGUGACUCCAGCCCUAGUACAGAUAGCCCCAAACCCAGCAGCCCCCCAGACUGUGCCCCCACAAAGACCCUCAAGCUCUGGAUUCUGACCCCAAGUGUCUGCAAACCUUGAGCCCACUGUGAUGCCUAGGCCUGUACCAAAUGGGAGAGGGCCUGUGACCCCACCCCAGGGCAUCAGAUGCAAGCCUUGUCCUUGACUCUGCCAACCAAGGUCUGACCAGGAGGCUUGGGCCCACCAUCCUGGGAGGUGGUCCACAGAGGGUGCCUUCAGACCUGCAGCCACACCGUGAACUCUGCAAAGCCCUUUCCAGUCACCAGUAGCCAGGUAGCGUAUUGCUCACCUGGCUGCAUCCAGCCUGGGGCCUCCACCUAGCCCCCUGCAGGUGUUAAAGGCGUGGAAGGUGGGCAUGAGCACAUGACCAGGGCAGGAUGGGAGGGCCAGCAGGGCAGAGGGCUGCUCAGGGAAGAGAGGGCCUCCUUUCUCCUUGGCCUACCCAAGCCAGCACCAUGGACAGAGCCCAGGCAGAGGUGGGGGUCAGCACCAUGGCCAGCGCUGGCCACUGGGACCCCUGAAGCCAGGAGCCAGCACCAAGGACAGAAAACUGCUGCCAGGACCCCUGCUGCCAUCCAGCACCAGGGACAGAGCCUCACAGACAGAGGAGCCGGGGGGCCAGCAGCUGUCCAGGACCUCGGGUCAGAGACCAGGGACAGCUCCAGGCUGGGCCCUGCAUCCUGCCGAAACCCAGCCAGUGAAGGGACAUGGC